UGGAAGUCCCACACAGUGCCGUCUGAACAUCUUCGGCAUAUUUUUAAAUUUCUGUAAUACUUUCUAAAUUUGAAAUAGCCAAAAUUUUCGCCAGUGUGGCCGGUUUGAUAACGACCAAUCGAAAGCUCUUUUCCGCCAGUCUUCAAUCGGCUGUGGGCAUUUGCAGUCCGCUUUUUGUAACGCAGGUUGAGAGAUCGAAGAUCAUCCAGCUGUUGCGAUGAACCGUCGCCUUCCCGGAACCAUCAGCCAGUGCCAGAGGCUUCUCCUAGCCACCCACAACCAUGCUCCAACGGCCUUCUCCGCCAGAUUCCUGUCCACAUCUAGAGUGAACCGCGAGCGACAAGAAUGCCAAGUGUUGGUCGUGGGCGGUGGCACCGGUGGGUGUGCCAUGGCCGCCAAGUUGUCCUCACGCUUGGGCAGCGACAAGGUGGUCGUCCUGGAACCGGAAGAUAAACAUUACUACCAACCCAUGUUCACCCUGAUUGGAGGGGGUAUGAAGAGAUUGGAUCAGAGUCACCGGCAAAUGGCUGAUGUGCUGCCCAAAAAGGCCAAGUGGGUGAAGGAGAAGGCGCUGGAGUUCGAUCCGGAUAAUAAUACGGUUAGCACCUCUGGUGGCAAGACCAUCAAGUAUGACUUUCUGAUCAUCGCCACCGGAUUGCAACUCAAUUAUGAAAAGAUACCUGGACUGGUGGAGGCCCUGGAGACACCCGGCAGUAAUGUUUGCUCCAUCUACUCGCCCAAGUACGUGGAUCAGGUGUACGAGUGUCUGCGCAGGACCACCAAAGGAAAUGCUGUAUUCACCUUUCCCAAUUGCCCCAUCAAGUGUGCAGGUGCACCACAGAAAAUCGCCUACAUAUCAGACCACUACUUUAGAAAGAUGGGUCGUCGCGACAACGUCAAUAUCAUCUAUAACACAUCGCUUCCCGUGAUUUUUGGAGUUAAGCAUUAUGCAGAGGCGCUGAUGAAACUGAUCAAGAGGAGAAAUAUCACGCUAAAUGUCCAAAGAAAUCUCGUUGAAGUCAGACAUGGCGAUAAUAUAGCCGUGUUCGAGGAUCUAGCAAAUCCAGGAGUGCACUAUGAGGAAACGUACUCCAUGCUCCAUGUGACUCCCCCGAUGAGCGCUCCGGAUGUGGUGGCCAACUGCAAGAAGCUGGUGACACCCACAGGCUUUGUGGAUGUCGACCAGAUGACGCUGCAGCACAACAAGUACAGCAACGUGUUCUCCAUCGGCGACUCGGCGUCCAGUCCCAACUCGAAGACUGCUGCGGCGGCAGCUGCCCAGUCACCGGUUGUGUUUAGGAACGUGAUGGCGGCGAUCGAGGGCAAGGCGCCAACGGAUAUCUACGAUGGCUACUCGUCCUGCCCCAUCGUCACCGGCUACAGCUCCUGCAUCCUGGCGGAGUUUGACUACAACCUCACACCCGUGGAGACCUUCCCAUUGGACCAGUCUAAGGAGCGGUACUCCAUGUUCUUCAUGAAGAAGGAGCUGAUGCCUCUGCUUUACUGGAAGCUCAUGAUGAACGGGUAUUGGAACGGACCAGCACUUAUGAGGAAAAUAUUUUCAGUUUUAAAGUUUAAUAAAAAGUAAUUGGGACCUCAAA